AUGUCCAAAGACACAUCAAAGAAUAAUGCAAAUAACAAUGCAAGACUCAUAAAUUUAUAUCGUCAUUGUACUUUAGGAUUAAAAUUGAAUGAAAGUUUACAAGACUUGAAAGAACAAGAUAAAAUCUCGGAAGACGUUAUUGAAAGGGUGAUGAAGGUAUAUGAUAAAUGUGUCUGUAAUGCCCUCAGCAAUAAAUUGAGCAACAAGGUUUCCUUCAAAGCCGGAUGUACAACUUUUAAUUUCAACAAUAAUGUCUAUGUAUGGAUGCUAAAUGAUGUGAAUUUAAAGAUGGGAAAUACAAAACUUGAUACAUUAGAUUUUGUCAAGGUUGUGGCUUGUGAAGGAACUACAACAACAACGAAAAAGACAAAAAAGAGAAAGAGUCAAGAUUAA